UUGCUUGUUUUGUUAACAGGAUGGCAGUAAAGUCUUUACAGCCUCCUGUGACAAAACUGCCAAGAUGUGGGAUCUGAACAGCAAUCAGACCAUUCAGAUAGCACAACAUGAAGGCCCAAUCAGGACAAUUCACUGGAUUAAAGCACCAAACUACAGCUGUGUUAUGACUGGCAGCUGGGACAAAACACUGAAGUUUUGGGAUACACGUUCCCCAAACCCCAUGAUGUCCCUGCAGAUGCCAGAGAGGUGUUACUGUGCAGAUGUGGUAUAUCCUAUGGCCGUUGUAGCCACUGCAGAACGUGGUCUUAUUGUUUACCAGUUGGAAAAUCAGCCUUCAGAGUUUCGACGUAUAGAGUCACCUCUGAAGCAUCAGCACCGCUGUGUGGCUAUCUUUAAGGACAAGCAGAGUAAACCUACUGGUUUUGCACUGGGCAGCAUCGAGGGACGAGUUGCCAUUCAUUACAUAAACCCACCUAACCCAGCCAAGGACAAUUUCACCUUUAAGUGCCACAGGUCCAACGGAACCAAUACUGCCACACCCCAAGAUAUUUAUGCUGUGAACGCUAUCUCCUUUCACCCUGUCCAUGGCACUCUGGCGACUGUAGGCUCUGAUGGGCGCUUUAGUUUCUGGGAUAAAGAUGCCCGCACUAAGCUGAAGACCUCUGAACAAUUAGAUCAACCAAUAACAGCUUGUUGCUUCAAUAACAAUGGGAACAUUUUUGCCUAUGCUUCCAGCUAUGACUGGUCUAAGGGACAUGAAUAUUACAAUCCCCAGAAAAAGAAUUACAUCUUCUUGAGGAAUGCAGCUGAGGAACUGAAGCCUCGGAACAAGAAAUGAUUCGUCAAGCUUCGCAUCACAUCUCGGAAGACCUGCGUUUGUGUGUAAAUAUGGGAGAGAGACCUCAAUUUGCUAACACCCGGACCAAUGGCAUGGCAAUGCAUAAUUUUUAUGGACGAAUCAGAAGGUGGUCAACUGCUCAUAAGCAAUGAUGUGAGCAGUGGCUUUUGAUAUGAGUAAGGAAGCCAUGCUUCAGUAUUUCUGGUGUAACUGGUGUACCUUUUUCUUUCUUCUUGAAGUUCAUCGUUACUUGCAGCUGUUUUGUUUCUUGAUACUGCCUUACAAAGGAAAUGCAUUUUCACCUUUACUUUUCUUUAUGCUUGGUGUAUAAUCAAAUUGUGUAACCAAUAAUAAAUCUGUCUCAAGCUUUCUCUGCAUUUUGACA